GGGGGAAGGGCAGGGGUGAGGCGGCGGCCGGCGGGGCCCGCGCUCACUCGGAGGCCGGGCGACCGGCGGCAGGACGCGCUCGCGGAGUCGGGCCCGGCGGCGGCCGGCCGCGCGCACCAUGCCCUCCUUCGACGAGGCGCUGCAGAGGGCGGGCGAGUUCGGGCGCUUUCAGCGGCGCGUGUUCCUGCUGCUGUGCCUGACGGGCGUCACCUUCGCCUUCCUCUUCGUCGGCGUGGUCUUCCUGGGCAGCCAGCCCGAGCGCUACUGGUGCCGCGGCCCGAGCGCCGCCGCGCUGGCCGAGCGCUGCGGCUGGAGCCCGGAGGAGGAGUGGAACCGCACGGCGCCCCCCGAGCACCGCGGCGACGGCAGCUGCCGGCGGUACCUGCUGGAGGCGGCCAACGCCAGCGCCGCGCCCGACGCGCUCAGCUGCGCCGACCCGCUCGCCGCCUUCCCCAACCGCUCGGCGCCGCUCGUGCCGUGCCGGGGCGGCUGGCGGUACGCCCAGACCCACUCCACCAUCGUCAGCGAGUUUGACCUCGUGUGUGGCAAUGCUUGGAUGCUGGACCUCACACAAGCCAUCCUAAACCUGGGCUUCUUGGCUGGAGCCUUCACCUUGGGCUAUGCUGCAGACAGGUACGGCAGACUAGUCAUUUACCUAAUCUCCUGUUUUGGUGUCGGCGUCACCGGUGUUGUGGUGGCAUUUGCACCCAAUUUCCCUGUGUUUGUGGUCUUCCGCUUCCUACAAGGUGUGUUUGGAAAAGGGACAUGGAUGACCUGCUACGUGAUUGUAACAGAAAUAGUAGGUUCAAAGCAAAGGAGAAUUGUGGGAAUAGUGGUCCAAAUGUUCUUCACCCUUGGAAUCAUAAUUCUUCCUGGAAUUGCCUACUUUAUCCCAAAUUGGCAAGGGAUCCAGCUAGCCAUAACGCUGCCCGGCUUUCUCUUCCUCCUUUAUUACUGGGUGGUUCCUGAGUCUCCCCGCUGGCUGAUUACACGGAAGAAAGGAGAUAAAGCAUUAAAAAUCCUGAGGAGCAUUGCCAAGUGCAAUGGGAAAUAUCUCUCACCAAAUUACUCAGAGAUCACUGUUACAGAUGAGGAGGUUAGUAACCCAUCCUUUUUAGAUCUGGUGAGGACUCCCCAAAUGAGGAAGUGCACACUUAUUCUUAUGUUUGCUUGGUUCACAAGCGCGGUGGUAUAUCAGGGACUCGUCAUGCGCCUGGGAAUUAUAGGAGGCAACCUCUAUAUCGACUUUUUCAUCUCAGGAGUUGUGGAGUUGCCCGCGGCCCUCCUGAUCUUACUGACCAUUGAGCGUUUUGGACGACGCCUUCCCUUCGCAGGAAGCAACAUAGUGGCAGGGGUGGCCUGCCUUGUCACUGCAUUCUUACCCGAAGGAAUACCCUGGUUGAGAACCACAGUUGCUACCCUGGGAAGACUAGGGAUAACCAUGGCCUUUGAAAUUGUUUAUUUGGUAAAUUCAGAAUUGUACCCAACAACAUUACGAAACUUUGGAGUUUCUCUUUGCUCAGGUUUAUGUGAUUUUGGGGGAAUCAUAGCCCCGUUUCUGCUCUUCCGGCUGGCGGCCAUUUGGCUGGAACUACCUCUUAUCAUCUUUGGUAUCCUGGCAUCGGUCUGUGGUGGGCUCGUGAUGCUUUUGCCCGAAACCAAGGGUAUUGCCUUGCCAGAAACAGUGGAUGAUGUAGAAAAACUUGGCAGAACAAUGCUACCUGAAAUUCGGAGUGAGAUGGAAGAUUCUCUUUAAGAUCUUGCCAUUUUGCCAAUCAAAAUUAAGAAAUGUAUAAAAGUCCAUAUUCCUCUAAAUGUGGCAGGAAAAAGAAAACUCAAGUGUCCAGCUCUCACCUUUGAGGCCCGCUGCCAAAGACGAAAGGAAGGAGCUCUUAGGGUUGACCUCUCCCAAGGAACCGAUGUGCCUUGCAGACACGUGUGUGUGUCCAUUUCAGCUGUGUCAUGCUCUGUGGUUCCAAGUGUUUGUCGUACUGUACAAAGACACUCAAACUAUCCAGAGUAUUUUUAUAUAAUGGGGGAUGAAUUAGGAUUUAGAGUGCUAUUGACGUUUCUGGGAACACGGUGUGUGACUGGUUUAGCAAAGCCAAGAGCCUGUUGUGUGGACAUCGCUGCCUGAGUUUUCCUCUGAAGCUGGAGCUGUGUCUCCAACCCAGUCAGGGAUAGACGGACAAGAGAAGCCUUCCCUGAAUUCUCACGGCUGCUCGCUCCGCCAUGGAGGCAAGAUGUUGCCAAGUGGGGAUCUGGGAACAGGAUGCAGCAAUGGGUUCUGAGCGAGGGACUAAAGCUCUGACCUGAGAGCUCUGAAGAUUGGGGGGAGGUUGAAGUUCUGGAAAUCCUGUUCACGAAGAGGCUGAAUUGAAGAACCUUGGGCCACACGAUACUGAGCCUUUCCUUUCUCUUCUUGCUUCGAGCUCUCUAAGCCACUGUGGCGUCUGGGCUUGCCAGCAUCUUCAAGCCUGACUCCGUAAUUAGCAACAAAUUCUCCAUCCAAUUCGAGGAUUUGGCUCUGUUAUUUCUUCCAUCGGUUUUGGGCAUGCGAUGAUUGGGGAUAGUUUGGGUCCUGCCUUCGUGAACAUCUAAAGCCACACACUCAGUUCUUUACAGAACGAAAUCCAGGAACUAUGAUUUCAUGGGUCUUAAUUUUGAUCUUAAAGGGUUAUUUAUCUCGUACGUGUGAGUUCAGUUCUAGGACGCUGCCCGUGGUCAACAGUGAAAAACAUGGACUGUUCAAUCUCGACCCUUUUCAAUCUUGACCCUUUUAACCUGUCUUGGGAAGAAGCUUACAUUUUAAUUUAAAAGGAAGGUCAGUUAUAUCCACGAAUAAAAGAAUUAGCAGAAGCUUUGUAAGUGAUGUCAUACACACUAAUAGGAGGGAUCUGAUCUUUGUUUUGUUACGGAGACUUUUGAAAUGUGGAGCUCCCAUGCAAAUAUGCUCUCUUUUUUCUGUUGUUCUGCUUUAUCUGGUACAUUUCUUGUAUUUUCAGUAUAUAUCUCAUGCAGAUUUUUUUAAUGAACUAUUUUGUGUGGACAGACAGAACGGGCACCAAGGGAAAUCUUGCCAACGAAGAAGAAAAUCCUACGCAAACACGACAGUUAUGUACGAUGUGGGUGCCAACUGCAAACUAAGAUUUUAAUCCUUAAAGCACAACGAAACUGAGUAUGAAUGUUUGAUUUUUCAGUGAAAUAAGCACCACUCUUUGAGGACUUCACGCUGCAGUCACCCCUAUGCGCGGGCACGCACGUUUUCUCUUUCUUUGCAGCCCUCUUUGCUAUAAGAUGGCUGUUCCUCCUUGAUACGCUCACCUUGGAGCUGUACCCUGAGUUGGUAUUUUGGUUCUGGUAACAAUAAAGAGUUUUAAAUUGUCAA